CCUUUUCCCUCUCGCACAGUCCUGGCUUGUCGACGUGGCGCUCUCCUCCGGCCUCCCAUGUGGCGUGACCUAAGAUUCUGAUCGCUGGAGACCCUCCGGCUCCCAGUAUCUGACGAGAUCUGCGCUAUCCUGAGGUCGAGGUUGCUAUGACCUGCCGUGGAACACUGAAAUCAUGAUUGAUUUGCAGAUCCCACUCAUCUUUGGCGAGCGGUUCCUAUCCUACCUGCGCUUCCACACCGUCAGACUUCGGUCACCAUGAGUUUCCUGAAUUCAGUUCUCACAUCCAUCGGUACAGGGGAUGCAUCGAUCACCCCACCCCCAGCCCACAGAAAAGCUUCAGCAGCCCCCAUACCUUCUAUCACCAACAAAACACCUUCGACCCAGAGUUAUAGCUCUGGACUCGGCCAGAAACGAAAAGCUGGGCAAGAUGUACCCCACCCUGCCAGCAAGGUCGCUAAGACUGCAAAGCCGGCGUCACAGCUGAGCCUGCAGAAUCGACCUUCCCCCCCUCGGCCAUCCACAAAGGUGUCCUUUACUCCAAAACCAACUACCUCCUCGACACCAAAGCCUGUGAACUCUGCGCCCACCAAGCCUCCACCAAAAGGCUCUUUUGCCGAUAUCAUGGCGCAAGCCAAGGCUCUUCAGCAGCAAAAGCCACUCAACGUUGGCAUGAUAAAACACCAGACGGUUACGAAGGAAAGAAUGAGUAAGGCGAAGCGGGAACGUUUGCUGAAAGGAGCAAAGCACCGGGAACUAGAGGUUGGCAGAGGCAAAAAGUCAAUCACGCCGGGCGCCCCGCCUAGUGUUCCUAACAGGAUGAAAUCCCUGUCUCGCAAAACAAGUGCUGAACCAGAAUACAAAGGGACUGCACGUCCAUCAAGUGCCACUAGCUAUGCCGGCACCGCAGGGCUUCCAUCGCGGCGUGGUGCCAGUGCGGGCGCGCAGAAAGGCAGCCAAGGAAAACAUGCUCGUCGCCGUGUAGUGGACGAGUACCUCGGGACAGAUGAAGAAGACGAAGGCGAUUACUAUGGUGCGGAUGACUACGACGAUUACUCGGAUGCUUCGUCCGACAUGGAGGCCGGAAUUAUGGAUAUGGAGGACGAAGAGCAAGAAGCCCUUCGCCAAGCCAAAGCUGAAGAUGAACGAGAGUUGAGAGCGGAAAUGGAGGCCAAGAAAGCCAAGUUGGAACGCAAGAAGAAGCUCGCUGCACUCUCCAAAUCGAAACGCUGA